GGAUCGCCAUACAGCGAAUGAACCCCUCAACUUGCUGUAGCUCCGUCAAUGCGCCCCUCUCCACGCAUUGUUUCGAAUCAGCUGUGCAUGGAUCUAUCGUAACCCCACCCAAUGAGGAAGGGCAAACGUAACCAAUUUUAUACAGACAGUAAGGAAAUAUUGCCGGGAGCGUUUAACAUUUGUUAACGACAACAUACGUAACAUAGUCUCACACAUUUUGAUUGUCCAAGAUUGGAACGGAAAGUCUACAUCUUCACAUUCCUCUCUCAUAUUCGCCGAGGCGGUGAAGAGUCAGCUGAUAUUUUGCUACGAGUCCACCUAGGCGCUAUCUCAAGAUGAUUGCCUUGUUUAAUAAGCUUUUGGACUGGUUUAAAGCGCUGUUUUGGAAGGAGGAGAUGGAAUUAACACUGGUCGGUUUGCAGUAUUCGGGGAAGACCACCUUCGUCAACGUUAUAGCGUCGGGACAGUUCAGCGAGGACAUGAUCCCCACAGUGGGCUUCAACAUGAGGAAGAUCACCAAGGGCAACGUCACCAUUAAGCUGUGGGAUAUCGGAGGCCAGCCUCGAUUCCGUAGUAUGUGGGAGAGGUACUGUCGAGGAGUCAGUGCAAUAGUCUACAUGGUGGACGCAGCAGACCAGGAGAAGAUCGAAGCCUCCAAGAAUGAGCUGCACAACCUCCUAGACAAGCCCCAGCUCCAGGGCAUCCCGGUGCUGGUGUUGGGGAACAAGAGAGACAUUCCAGGUGCCUUGGAUGAGAAGGAACUUAUCGAGAGGAUGAAUUUGUCAGCCAUUCAGGACAGAGAGAUCUGCUGUUACUCUAUCUCCUGCAAGGAAAAAGACAACAUUGAUAUCACACUACAGUGGCUGAUCCAGCAUUCUAGAACCAGGAGGACAUGAGACCUGAAUCCUCCUCCUGCUCCUCUCUCUCCUUCCCUCCUCCCUCCUCUCCCUCCCUUCCUCCCACGGCCACCCCCCCCCCCAAGACAAACGGUGUCCUCCCCUCCUCUACCUCCUCUCACCCCUCCCUCUCCUCUCUUUCUCUCCUUCCUGCAUUUCAUCCUCCUCCCUCUGAACAUUUCUCUCCUCUACUCCCCCCCUGGUCCCCCAGCUCCUGUGCCAGUUUGUAUUUACCUCUGUGAUUUUGGAUGGGUGGAAGAAGUCAUAUACAGUUUUGCUGACAGCCAUGAAGUUUUUCCAUAUCUGUUCAAACAGAAUGAGGAGGAGCCAGUGGACCCUCCCCCCCACCCCCCCCCCCUUCUUAUCCUCUGCCCCCAAGCAAUGGAUUCCAUUCUUGUAAAGAUUGUGAGAUAUUAUGAUUUGCACUGUUUGAAUUGUUUUUGUUUUAUAUCUACGCUUUUUUUUACGCCAUGUACUUAAAGACUGGAUAAAGCUGGCUUCUAACAGCGAUCCAGACUCCUCUUCAUUCUCCUGGGUCCUGCUUUAAUACGGCAGGCACUGGUACUGAUACAAGCAGCAUCAGCUUAAUUGCUGGUGGGGGCCUAAUGUGUGUUCAAACGCUGACAUUUUCAAACUGCUGUGUUGACUUAGAACACCAAUAUUUGUCACUUUAUUUAAAUGAGAGCAAUGUAAUAAAAGUUGACACAUUGUAAAACUACAUUUUUGCUGGGCAGACAUGUAUUACAGAACUAUUCCUCUCACGUUUAUUACGAACUAAACAACCAACACAUGAUUCAUUAAAAGCAAAGAUUUCCUCUCACAAGCUCCUUUUUACCUCAACAAAUCUAGUCAGUUAUUAAAACUGAAGGAUUUUCUAAGGAUCCAUUAAUGUUCUAUUAAAAAGCUAAAUGUAUGCUGUAUUGUUGUAUUUGAACCAGACAAUGCAUUAUAAAAAUCCUACUGAAAACAUAAAGCACAGAUGUAAUGCAAAGCACACAAUUUAUGCCAUUUGAACGCACCUUGGUCUUGUUUGUGUAUAUGCUUUUCUUUGCAUUUGAAUUUGAUGUAUUUGUGAGGUGGGAGCUGUUUUGUUUUAUAUUAAUUAAUAUGAGUCAUACCAAUGUCGUUAUAACAUUAUGUUCACCCACUUAUCCACACAAAGUGACCAAAGGUUACAGGUAGGAUCAUCAAAAAACUGUUUGCAGCAGAAACGGGUGUUUGUCGUCACGGUUACGUCGUCCUCCUUAUAAAGUCAGGCAGGGAAUUUAACAGUGGCUUUGAGCGCUGGGCAGUAUGUGGAGAUUCAGUUGACUCCCCUGGUGCCGGACUAGUGGACUGCACAAACACCCUCUCCGAAGACAGCAGGCCCGCUAGCCCAGGUAGCUUAGGGCUGCAACACGUGCCACUGAGAGCCCAAGGGAGAACAUCCCUUUCACUCCCAGCCACGCGGGGUCGGAUGCAGAUCGUUUUUUGUUUUUUUUCGAAUAUUUAAACAUGAUAAA